CACUAGAGUGGACGAGCUCCUCUCAGAUACAACAUCUACGUCAUACUUUACUGGCAGUUUCUGAUUCGUUUCUCCCACGUUGUCACAAGCACAGUCGCGCAGUGAACCGUCACGUCGUUUUACCGACAGAGGCGGGCUCUCGGUUAAACCGAACCCUGUCGAACCGGGGCUGUUUGGUGUUGUUUUGAUCCAGGAUGGCGUUCAUGGAGCAGCGGCCGCAGCCGUUGUCCGGGAGGAAGCCGCCGCUGGACGACACCGUGCCGCUGAGCGCCGUGAUCGAGGCCAGCCAGAGUUUACAGGCGCACACGGAGUAUAUCAUUCGUGUCCAAAGGGGCGUUUCCACAGACAACAGUUGGACGGUCAUCCGGCGAUACAGCGACUUUGACAUGCUGAAUAAUAGUUUACUUAUUUCCGGCCUAAACCUGCCACUUCCUCCUAAGAAGCUGAUAGGAAACAUGGACCGAGAGUUUAUAGCCGAGCGUCAGAAGGGUCUUCAGGCCUAUCUGAACCACAUCACGCGUCACCAUGUCCUCUCCAGCUGUGAGCUGGUCAAAAAGUUCCUUGACACUAACAAUUACUCAGCAAACUACACAGAAAUAGCCUUACAGCAGGUGUCCAUGUUCUUCAGAUCCGAUCCAAAAUGGGAGGUUAUUGAGCCGUUAAAAGACAUUGGCUGGCGGUUGAGAAAGAGGUACUUCUUGGUCAAAGACAAAGAUCAGCCCAAAGAGAAACAAGUAUUAAGUUGGGUCGAUUUGGGUCCAGAUAAGUUCCUGUCCGACAAAGAUCUCCAGUCUGCGAUGAAGCUGCUUCCAACAUUUUCUCAUUCAAACAUCUCCGCCGUCAGUUUCGCCACUAGCAGUGAAUUGUCUGCACUAGUCAUUAGAGUUUUCAGUGAGAAAGGAACGCUUAGGGAUCACAUUUGCAAGGUGAAGCCCAAAGAACCCUUUCUUAAGAAGUACUGCAAUCCCAAAAAGAUCCAGGGUUUGGAGCUGCAGCAAAUCCGAACAUACGGAAGACAGAUUCUGGAGGCACUAAAAUUUCUCCAUGACAAGGGUUUUCCGUACGGGCAUCUUCAUGCAUCCAAUGUCCUGAUCGAGGAGAACACUUGUAAAUUGUUGGAUAUAGAGAAUUCAUUACUGGGACUGCCAUCAUAUUACCGACCCUAUGUAACGCAGUUCAGGAAAAUUAAUACAACAGAAAGCAUAGACAUCUACUCAUUUGGACACUUGCUUUAUGAAAUGACGUAUGGCCGCCCGCCUGAUGCCGUGCCUGUAGACCAGUAUCCUACGGCCCAGUUCCCAUCUGUAGUCUCUGUACUUCAGUCCAUCCUGUCCACAGAAGCUUGCAAAACAGGAAUGCCAACCGUUUCCCAACUACUACAAACACCGUUAUUCAAUGACGUGCUGCUGUUUAACUCGGAGAAACCCCAGUUUAAGAUCAGCUCCAAAUUAAAAGAGGCUCUGAAAUUGUCUAAAGAAUGCUUAGAGAGGCGUCUAGUGGAGGAACAGAGGACGAUCCACCAGCACAAGAGGUUGACGCGAGCGCAGUCGCACCACGGCUCAGAGGAGGAGAAGCGCAAGAGGAAGAUGUUGGCCAGAAAGAAAUCGAGACAGUCGACAUAUGAAAAUGAGGAGGAACUCUCUGUCAAAUACAAUAACAACUCUGGUUCUGGGGCGAGUUCACCUCCAACCUGCCCGUCCUCACCCACUCCUCUACCAGGAGCACCUCCAGCGCCUCCUCUUCCUCCCCCCGCUGCUCCUCCUCCUCCUCCUCCUCCUCCUCCUCCUCCUCCUCCUCCUGGGAGUGAACCCGUCCCUCCGUCCCUCUCACCUCCCGCUGCCAACGGCGUGGGCCGGGGUGCCCUCCUCAGCUCCAUACAAUCCUUCAACAAAGGCAAACUGAAAAAAUCAGAUACUGUCAACCACAACGGCCCACGUUUGUGAAAAAAAACCCGCUCAUCUUUGUUUUAGUGCAAUUCAUCCACUCAAAGUUUUUUAGCAACUUGCGUCUAACAGUGAAGAGUGACUGUUUGUAUCUGAACUUCUUCAAUGUUUGUUUUAUUCACAUUAAAUUCCAAUGGAGCCCUGCAUUUUUUUAAGCUGCUCAGUGUAACCUAAACAAUUCUGCUUGGACCAGCUGUCAUAUUUUUAAAAAAUGGACAUGCGCACUCAUUCGGGCGAAAAACUUGACCACCUACAUUUUAAAGUACUGAUUUCUGAAGACACAAGUUGGUGGAGAAUGCGGGCAGCACAUUUACUUUGAAUGGAAAUGUAAUUGGAUUUUACUAUUGGUUCAUAAAAUGAGUGAUGAGUUUGAUUCUGACAUUUGAAUUCCACUUUGAUUAUGGUUCAUUUUGGAAGGUUUGGGAUGAUGUUUUUAAGCAUUUGCCACAUUUACCAUUGUGCCUACAAAAGCUGAGAGCAUUCUUUGUUCUCUUUGUUUGUUUUUUUCCUGCGGAAAUAUUGAGCUACAUUGUUCUAAUUUUCUUUCAGAAGAAAGUAAUAUUCGUAUUCCUGUUCUGCAAGAUCACAAUCAACAUGUUGCACAAAUAGCAGCAUUUAAACGAUGCGUUUAUCAUUUAUGCCCCUUAACGACACAGUCGCUGUACCAGAAAAACAAUGGCUUUGAUUUACCACUGACAUGAUUAUAUAAUGGCCAUUGUUAUGUCACUUACGCCAUCUACUCCUAUUGGUUGUUUCAGUCUGGUGGUAAAUGGAAGAGCUUUCUUGUCUUGCACACAAUGAGGGAGAAAGUAACUUCUAUAAUUCAUGUUCAUCGCAGGGUCCUCUUGAAAACCAGAUUAAUUUGUAAUCUAGAACGAUGUACAAUACGAUGCGCAAUAGUUCAUCUUUUGCUCUUGUAACAGUAAACUCAUUUGUACAUAGAUUCAUACAGACACUGAAACCAUUAUAGCUAAAUAUCGUAAUGCAUAUUCCUAGCUUUGUUAUUACCGUGGGGGAAGAAUUUAAUAAUGUUUUCAUUUUUUGCUACAGCACUUUACCACUGAAUAUUUAGCAGUGGUCUUGAGAAGAAGAGAUGUUCUAAAGUUUACAAAGAGAUUUAUGAAUGUCCAAGAACAGAAGAGGAAUCAAUGUGUUUGGUAAUGAAGAAAUUUGCCACUAAUAUUUGCAUCUGUACAGUUGCCACAAACGUUGUUCAAAGCACUGGAGGUGAACAUCCUCAAAUUGUUGAAAAAAAAAAUAGUUUUCCCUGUUAUAAAAAAAAAACUUGUAUUGGCAAUAUUUUAAAAGAAUGGUCUUGUGCUUUUAGUUGUGAACAUUGAAGUAAAGACAAUGGAACAGA